AAAAUGAUCGAACCUUUAAAAUAAAAUAAAUCAGCCGAAAAAUGUAUGGUACCAUUAUGGACAUCGGUCUGUGAAAAGUUAGAAAAAGAUGCAAUGGCUUGUUCUCAUCCCAUUCCUCCUUAUUUGAAUAUUCACCGCCACCCUUCUCGGUACAAGUCAUAACUACUUAAAUCAUACGCAAUCCCCUUCCACAAAUAAAACGCGUUUCUGCCCCUUUCUCUCUCAUCACCUCAUCCCUUCCCACCAAUUCAACACCCUGUUCUCUCUCUCUCUAGAAUUCACCCUGUAACACCCCCCAAAACUGUUUCUAUCUGGUCGUCACUCAACCCCCUGCAACUUCUCCCAUAACUCUCUCUCUCUCUCUCGAAUGCAAAGACAAUAGGCUCUUGCCUCCCCCAUUUACCCCACACCACGUCUCGUCUCCGAUUCAAGCACCAUCAAACUCCAUCUCCCCCUCUUCUCUCUCUAAAACAAGGAAGAGGGAAGGAGAGAAUAGAUUGACAUGGGAUGCCAGGGCGUCCUAGAGCCCGAGCAGGUCGAGGAGCUCCGUGAAAUCUUCUCUCGCUUUGACAUGAAUUCUGAUGGCAGCCUCACCCACCUCGAGCUCGCCGCCCUCCUCCGCUCCCUUGGCCUCAAACCAACAGGUGAUCAAAUCCACUCUCUCCUCAAAUCCAUUGACUCAAACUCAAAUGGCUCUGUUGAAUUCGAAGAGCUCCUCCAAGUCAUAGCCCCACAAAUGACCAUGCCCACUCAUCCGUCAUUAGACCAUAGCCAACUCUGUGAUUUAUUUCGAGCUUUCGAUAGAGAUGGUAAUGGCUAUAUAACGGCGGCUGAGCUUGCUCGGUCGAUGGCUAACUUGGGUCAUCCUCUGACAUUUCGAGAGCUCACCGAGAUGUUUAAAGAGGCGGACUCUGAUGGAGAUGGUGUCAUUAGCUUCCCUGAAUUCGCUGCUAUUAUGGCAAAGUCAGCCACCGGAAUUUGGGGUUGUUAGCCUCUGGCUCUCUCUACAUCAUAAACCAACUCACCCCUUUCAUUCUUUUGGCUUUCAUUCAG